CAGAUGUCAUCAUCAUUAUGAAAAGCUUAACUAGUACUGAUACUAUUUAUUACUAGCUUCUUGCUUUUGCAUAGCAUGUGAAUAAAGCACGGACUUGGGAGUUGGGGAGAAACAAAGCUAUAUUCAUACUAUUCCUCUUGUGAUUCUGCUUCCUUGUUGGUAUCCAUUAAUAUUACUCCAAUUUGCUUGCUACUGCUCUUCCUCUUCCAUCCACUUCUUUUUUAUAUAGUAUUUUGGAAUCUUGAGCUGUUUUCAUCUAAACAGAAUGAGGGGUCGUUCCAUCUUUUGCCUCUCUUUUUUCUAUUGGGUCCUCUCUGUUUCUUUGCCUGCCCUCGUUUCACCUUAUGAUGGGCCACUCUAUGAUUCUUCCGCUUUCACCGAGUGCAAACUUUACCCGGAGAAGCCACUCUAUGGUGGCGGACUUUUAAAGGAUAAGUUUCCGGAGUUUACAGGAGCGGAUGGAAAGACUGUCCAUUUACCUGUUUUCAGAUUACAAGAUAUCACCCCUGGCACCAUUUAUUCUUUUUCCACUUGGAUUAAGCUAAAAAAUGCAGAUUCUGCUCUCAUAACAGUAAGCGUAGGUGACAACGAUUCUGAAGAAGUAUGUGUAGGCACUGUAGAUGCUAAGCCUGGUUGCUGGUCCUUCCUCAAGGGUGGAUUUGUAGCUUCUAAACUUAAUUUAUCUUCCAUUUAUUUCAAGAAUUCAGAUCAAGAUGAUUUGGAAAUAGAGAUUGCAAGUGCUGCAUUGCAGCCUUUUACUGAGCAACAAUGGGCGUUAAAUCAGCAAACAAAAAUUAACAUGGCAAGGAAGCGCGCUGUUACUAUUCACGUCUCAAAUAAACAAGGAGUUAGACUUGAAGGUGCAUCGCUAACAAUAGAACAAGUUUCCAAAGAUUUCCUCCUUGGAUCUGCUAUUGCAUAUACCUUUAUUGGUAAUACCCCCUACCAGAACUGGUUUCUUGAGCGAUUCAACGCUGCAGUUUUUGAAGAUGAAAUCAAGUGGUACACCACAGAGCCCAAACGCGGUCAACUUAACUAUACCUUAGCAGACCAGUUGCUGGAAUUUGUUCGAAGAAACCAAAUCACGGUCAGAGGUCACAAUAUUUUCUGGGAGGAUCCGAAAUAUACACCAGGUUGGGUUCAAAAUCUUACAGAUCCUGAGCUGAAAUCAGCUGUUAACUCAAGGAUACAGAGUCUUAUGAGUAAAUACAAAGAUGAAUUUGUACACUGGGAUGUUAACAAUGAACUGCUUCACUUUGAUUUUUAUGAGCAAAGGCUGGGACCGAAUGCCACACUGGAAUUUUACAGGACAGUUCACCAACAAGAUCCUUUAGCAACAUUGUUUCUCAAUGAAUUCAAUGUGGUAGAAAAUUGUGAUUCUAAGUCCACUGUAGACAAGUAUAUUUCAAAGAUCAGGGAGCUCAAAGAAGACGGCAUGUCAAUGGAUGGAAUUGGCCUUGAGGGUCAUUUUGGAGUCCCCAAUCGGCCUCGAAUAAGAGCUACUUUAGAUAAAUUAGCAACAUUGGGGCUUCCCAUUUGGCUCACUGAAGUUGAUAUCAGUGAUACAUUUAGCAAGGAAACACAGGCUAUUUACUUGGAACAAGUAUUGAGGGAGGCCUUCUCACAUCCGGCCGUGGAUGGGAUAAUGCUGUGGACAGCCAUAAGGAGAAAUAAAUGUUACAGAAUGUGCCUUACAGAUCCAGAUUUAAAUAACCUACCAACUGGUGAUGUAGUGGACAAACUUCUGAAGGAGUGGGAAACUGGGGUUCUGAAGGGACAAACAGAUGCGCGUGGUUCUUACAGCUUCUAUGGAUUCCUUGGUGAUUACAAAGUUACAGCUAGUUAUGGAGGCAAAGUUGUGGAUGCAGCAUUCUCGCUUAGUCGCAGCGAAGAGACUAAGCAUUUUAGCAUUCAGCUGUGACUAGUAGUAAUACUCAUCCAAUGUGCAACUGUAACUUAAAAGCAUAGAGCAUUCAAAUUAGCGCAAGAUUCAUGUUCUUUUGUCUUCUCAAGCUCAGAGAAGAAAAGAAUAUACAAGAUGUAUUAAUGACGCCAAUGGCGAGCCCAACUAAGCAACUCUUGUUAUCAAUUAACGGUUAGUGACUA